AUGUAUAAAUUAAACUUGUACACUUAUGCUGUACCGAUUUGGGCAAUAUUACCAAGACUAGAAAAACUAGUAUACAACACGGGUUCAUCAUCGCAAUAUGAUCCUCCAACACGAUCAAUAAUGGAAAUAACGCAAAUUUUCAAAUUGGCAGAUUUCCGAAGGAGGAAUAGGAAAACGGCAAGCGAACUAGAUUUGCACAAAUUAUUUUGUUAUUCCAACUUAAAAGUGAAAAAUUCUGAUGGUUUACUUGUUGUGCAGAAAUCGACUAAUGAAUUAAAAAUUGUGAUUCUAGUUGAAGCAGAAUUGCAGAAAUGUGGAAUAAUGAAUAAUGAAGAGCCACAAUCUGUGCCAUGGCCACAUUUCUUACUAAAUCAUAUUUUCAAAGUGGUUUUUAUGGGCGAUUCGGCUGUCGGUAAGACUUGCUUCCUGCAUCGGUUUUGUCACAAUCGAUUCAAACUUCUUUUUAUUGCUACGAUUGGAGUUGACUUUACUGUUAAAACAAUUCGUCUAUGUGAUCAUAUCGUUGCUGUGCAAUUAUGGGAUACCGCUGGACAAGAAAAAUUUCGAAAUAUAACAAAGCAUUAUUUUCGAAAAGAAAAUGGUAUCAUAUUAAUGUAUGAUGUAACUUCAUUUUUAAAUGUUAGAAAUUGGAUUACUUCCAUAAAAGCUGCCGUAGAUGAAAGCUGUGUAAUGUGUUCAAUUGGAAACACGUAUAAAUGUCAAAUUUAUAGGUUGAUUUGUUUACGAGUGAUAAGGACAGGUACUUACAAACAUGGCAAGAAGCUUGCUGAAGAAUUUGGCAUGUUGUUUUUUCAAACGAGUGCUUUUAAUGGUUUUGGUGUUAACGAUUGCGUGAAGGCUAUUGCUCUGUAA